AUGGAGAGAUUGGGGACGUUCGAGGCAAGCAAUGAGGAGAACCUAUUCCUCCUUGCCAAGAAACUCAACUCGAAACGGUUUUUCGACAACUUCGUCACCGAAACCCAGCUCAAGAUCCUCCACCACAUCGUCGCCCUCGACGACCCCGUGGUGUGGCAGAACUUCAUAUCGGGCAAUUGCUACCUCCAAAUCGAAAACAAAACCGAUCUGGUGGCGGUCGAGGAUGGCACCACCAUGAUCAGGGCAUUGGCGAUGCAUGUGCGCUAUCUCCUUUGGGAGAAAGCCGUCGAUUACUACUACGAGUCGCAGACCAUGGGCGAUUUAGAGGAAGUGAGCGAGGACUUCGCUCUUCUAAAUGACUUGGACGACACUACCAAUAGUGCUAAACGCCCUGCGGAACCAGUUGCUCCUGCUCCUAAACCAGCGCGAGAAGAAGAGGACGAUUAUGACGAUGAUGAUGACGAUGACGACGAUGGGGAUCAGCCCAUGGACAGUGCCCCGGACACCCAGGGAGACCACAAAAGUGACAUUGAAUAUAAUGACGACGGGCAAGUGCUAAUAAAGGUGCCGGCAUCGGAGUUAGCACCGAAGGAGUCCGUCCACGAGUCCCACCCCGAAGUGGCCGACCUGGAGCCGGCUGCCGCCGAACCGGGCCAGAACCAGCUGCCAGCAGAAAUCCACGGCACCCUCGAUGAACAGGUGAAACUCAAAGAGUUUAAUAAGGUAUACCACAACUUUGAGUUCGACCGAGAUACGUUGAUAAAACGUCGGAAACUUGAGCGUUCGGACAAGAAACUCCAGGAGCAAAAGGAAAAAGAAGAACCCCAAAAGGAUGGCGCCGUGCCUAUCAACUUGGGGGCGGCGACUCUGUCGCUUCAGCAUUUGAUUGGCACCAUCCAGCACCGUCGUGACGAUGUGCCUCUCACCGACUUCGAGUUAAGAACAUUAUUCAUGGACGUUCGGAAAAACCGAGGCAAGUGGGCUAACGACGAACGUGUGGGUCAAGAAGAACUCUACGAGGCAUGUGAGAAAGUGAUCCUCGAAUUGCGGGGGAUGACCGAACACUCCACUCCUUUCUUAAAUAAAGUGCUGAAACGUGAAGCUCCCAAUUAUGCUCUCAUCAUCAAGAAACCCAUGGACUUAAACACCGUGAUGAAGAAGCUUAAAGGGUUACAAUACAACUCCAAACAAGAGUUUAUCGACGACUUGAUGUUGAUUUGGAGUAAUUGCUUAACCUAUAACGCUGAUCCUCGUCACUACUUACGAGCCCACGCCAUUGCCAUGCAAACCAAGACACAGAAGCUUGCAUCGACCAUUCCUGAUAUAACUAUUCGCAACCGUCUGGAGAUAGAGAAGGAAGAAGAAGCCGAGAAUGAACGCCUUGGCACUCCGAGAACCGAAGGGGGUAAAUCUCAAACCAAAGGUCGUAAACGGACUCGUGCUGAUGAGAUCAAAAUUGAGGAAACCGUCAGUAUCGCUCUGCCAGGAGGCACGCCCGAGCCGGAAGCAAAUGACGCCGACACCCCGAUACCCGGAGGCACCCCUGCUCCCACCGACGACCUGACUCCCGCAGCGACAAAGCUUCCAACCAAGACCGUUAACAGUCCACCCCCAACUGCAUCCACCGCUGCUGGCACUCCUGCUCCCGCCGUAGCUAGUGACGACGAAGAAGAUGAAGACCAACACGAAAACAACGAGGCUAACUUAAUCGAGGAAACGGGCGAGGACUACUUUGACCCGCAACUGCAGGCGUGGCGGACCAUCACCGCCAAGCUGCGUGCUAACUACUGCAGCCAGCGGGCGGAGCUUUUCCAGGAGAACGGCCACCUCGAGGCUGACGCCGACGCCAUCAUUCGCCAGCUGAGUGACACCAAGAAUUUUAACCAUUACCUUGACAAUAAGACCGUGUUGUCAAAGCUGGACAACUUAUUGGAGAACGACGAGCCCUACUUGCUCGAAUACGAUAUCACUGGGGGUUUACCCGGGUUAAAGUUUGGUGGGGUUGAUCAAGAAGAUCAGGACGAACAAGAGAAUAAGUUGGCAGACAUUUAUCUCCAACGGGCUGAUGGCAACGCCGACAAUAUCAAGCUGGGGUUUGUUUUGCCGCUUGAUAAGGGGUUGAACAAAGUGUACUUUGAAAAUAUCAGUGAGAUUCAGGAGAUUCGUAAGAUCUGUUUCAAAAUCUCUCUUAUCCGGCAAAUGCAAACUCAACAGUUUGUUCACCACACUCAAAUGAAACAACCCGAAAUCGAGUACCUCAAGGAAGUCGACGUUGACGCCGCUUCCAAACUCCCCACCCGUGAGAACUUUAGUCGCGAUGUCCAAUACGCUGUCUUGCGGAGAAACGUGGCCAAGAUUGCCAUGCAAACCGGGUUUGAAACCACCGAGCCCUCAGCCAUCAACACCUUGACUCAAGUGGCUGAACGGUAUAUGCAGAACCUUAUCAAGCUGAUGAAAAUGCAUUCGGAGAGCUUUUCUCGUAAUAAGAUGUCGGCCCGAGAGAUUUUAUUGCUGUCGUUGCUUGAAAAUGGUGUGGAUAAGCCCGAUGAUUUGUACACCUAUGUCCAAGAGCGCAUCAUCAAGCAACAGGACAAACUUAAGAGCUUAAGAGGCAAGCUCACCAACUUUUUGAAGGAUUUAUUGAGACCGGGGCUCGAAAAUUUCAGUGAAAGGUCAUUUGAGGAUAACUCAGAACAGUUCAUGACGGGUGACUUCUCCUCCGAUUUGGGCGAUGACUUCUUUGGGUUUAAAGAGUUGGGUCUUGAUAAGGAAUUCAAGAUGUUGUCUUCGUCGAUUCCCAUCUACCUUUUGUCAUCUAGACUUCACACCCAAUAUAACCAGACGGGUGUUGCUUCAAAACGGAACAAGUACGAAGAUCUUACUCGUUUCGAACCGCCAAUGAUGGUGGCCGCCGACAUCGACGGCCAGGUGGAAGUGUUGAAGCCGUUCUACAACAAGUUGUAUGAAAAGUCCAAAGCUCAUUACAUCAAGCAACAGAAGAAGAAGGGCGAGAGCGCUGAACUUCCAGAAAACGGCAUGCUCGAGAUGAUCGAGGACGACGAACUUCCUCAGAAGCAAAGAAACAUUCGCCCCAGACUUCCUCCCACGGGUAAGAUUGGUGGCGUGAAAAAGAGACUUAUAUCCAACGCCUACUUUAUCCCGACGGAAGACGACGUCCCGAAGGAUACCAUCGAUCCAGCGGAAUUCGCCGCCAUUGCAGAGUAA